CUAGUGUUACUUCCAAACCCCAGUCUGUCGAUAAGUACCGAGUGAAGGCGGCGGUGAUGUUUAGAGGCUGAUGUUUGCACCAUGACAGAUAUAAACUAAAAAAGAAACUGGCUUAUACAGGCUGCGCGUCUACAUACAGGACCUGAAAUGGAGCAGAAAUGCCAACCCACAGUUGUGUCCUACUACAAAAGUGUAAAUAAAUGAUUACCUCUGAGGACAGUGAGCUACAGACAGAGAUCACCUGAGUAAACCUUCUUCACUGGUAGGCCUGUCACAACCCUCCCCCAGGUAAUAAAGAUGUCAGGUGGGAACCUCUUGACCAAGGUGCGCUCUGCCUUCAGGAAAGAGCAGAGCGACUGGGACCUGAGUGACACAGCACCUUUUGACCUCUCUGAUGAGCUUGUGGAGGAUGAGGCACCCAAGUUCAAUAAGCUGAGGGUUGUGGUGUCAGGAGAGAUGUCGGACUACUCGACCAGCGCUCCGUCCAACGGGGUGGCAGUGAACACUUUGGUGGUAGCGGACGAUGAUGACUCGCUGCUGGACUCGUCGUCCAGCCUGGGCAGCCCAGGGUUAAAUAUGGACCCCUGUGAUAACUGCACCAAGAAGAGAGAAAGGAUCAAACACAGAAGGGUGAUGAAGAAGCUGAUCCUCGCGGCUCUUCUCUAUUUUCUUUUCAUGACAGGUGAAAUUAUUGGUGGUUAUGUGUCAAACAGUUUAGCCAUCAUGAGUGACGCUGUGCACAUGCUGACAGACGUGGUAGGAAUUUUGUUUUCUCUCCUGGCACUCUGGUUCUCUACUAAACCACCCACCAAGAGGUUCACCUUCGGGCUGCAUCGCCUCGAGGUGAUAUCAGCCGUCCUCAGUGUGAUGCUCAUCUAUAUUCUGACAGCCAUCCUGCUCUACGAGGCAGUUCAACGGACAAUACACCAGGAUUUUGACAUAGACGGCGAUGUCAUGCUCAUCACUGCAGGUGUGGGGGUGGCUGUCAACCUUAUCAUGGGUUUCAUAUUAAACCAAAGUGGUCACCUCCACUCCCACGGACACGGUCACGGCCACUCUCACGGCCCUACGCCCUCCUCAGGGUUCCAGUCUGGUGGGUCAGGGCCACAGUCCAGACCCCAUGGCAGCUUGGCGGUCAGGGCCGCCUUCAUCCAUGCUUUGGGAGACCUCCUUCAGAGCAUCGGUGUGCUCAUAGCUGCCUACAUCGUCCGCUUCAAGCCGGACUAUAAAUUGGCAGACCCCAUCUGUACCUACAUUUUUGCCGUGCUGGUUAUCUUCACCACAUUCCGCAUCAUUCGGGACACAAUAGUGAUUGUGCUGGAGGGUGUCCCCAGACACCUGGACACUCAGCAAAUCAAAGAGGACCUCUUAAAACUGGAGGAUGUUCAGUCUGUGGAGGAGCUGAAUGUGUGGGCGCUGACGGCAGACAGAACUGCAGCCCUCGUUCAUCUGCAGCUCACACCCUCUAGUGCGAACAACUGGGAGGACGUCCAGGCCAGGGCCCGUCACCUGAUGCUCCACACCUACGGGCUGAACCGGUGUACGGUGCAGGUCCAAACGCACCGGCAGAGGCCACUCCGCAGUUGUACGAACUGCCAACAGCCCAGCGCCUGAACACCCGCUCAGAGGAACUCACUGGACCGCAGCUGGACGCACAAACGGACGUCGCACCGCUGUUGUCGGAGCAGGAGCCAGAACACAUGGUAUUUACAAGGAAACAGUCUGGUGCCAAAUGAUGGUCAGAGGAGCAGCAGCAGACGCACAUUUCACAUUAAAAGGAUCACCUCAGCCUCCGAUGAUCUUAUGACCUUACGCUUGCAAACGCCUUCAGAGAGACUGAAUGUCAGAGAUGCACGACGGCGGGACGAAGGGCUCGUGCACCAACGUGAAGUUUGUGUGGGAGUCUGUUUGUGCUGGAAGUCGAUCGUUUGUCGACGUUAAAAUAUUUGCAAGAUAAAAAUGUUUCUGAAUCAGUAUUGAUAAUUAUCACAGUCCCAAAUCAGUAUUUCUGUCAAAUGUUAAGGCUGAGUGAAAGUUAAAGACACCAGGUGGAUUUUUGUUUUGAAAUUACUCAAAAAAACUUGGUAAAAGACAAAAAUGCAACAUUACAAAAAUAAUGUAAAGUAUGCGACGAAAUGAAAAUGAUGUAACAAAGAAAAUCCGGGACUAUUGGAGUACUGGUUUUGACGUGUUCAACGUGUUUGAUGUUGAUCGUCAUGUUUAUUUUCUUUAUCUUAAUUUAACAUUUGAAUCAAGUUCAUGAUAUACAUUUUAUUUAAUUAGGACUGGAGUGUAACCGGAACAAUCUCAGUCCAUAUUUCGCAAGGUAAAAAUGACUUAGAAAUUAUUUCUCUGUGGUUUCAAAUAGAGCUGCAACCGAUUAAUCGAUUAGGUGCUUGAAGCGAAUGCAAAAAUUCACGAUUCGAUUAAUCAAUUCAGAUUUGAUUGAAGGGAGAUAUUCUAUUGCAGUUUUCCUGAAU